AUGAGGGCUCCUAAUCCUCUUAUCCUGCUCUCCUUCUUGAUUUUUCAUCUAUCAUCCACCAUUGGUGCCAAUGGCAGUGGAGAUGCCAGUGCGUUGCGUCGAGACGCUCUGGCCUUGCUCUCUCUCAAGGCCUCCCUGAGCUGCCGCGCCCACAUCUUGCGCUCAUGGUCACCGGGCAAUGUCGCCUCGGUGUGCGAGUGGACCGGCGUCCGGUGCGACGAUGGCCGGGUGGUCUCCAUCGACAUUGCCAACAUGAACGUAUCCACCGGCGAGCCCGUGACGGCCGAGGUGACUGGGCUCGACGCGCUCAGGAACAUCUCCCUCGCCGGGAACGGCAUCGUGGGCGCGGUGGCCUUGUCCGCGCUCCCGGCGCUCCGCUACGUCAAUGUCUCCGGCAACCAGCUCGGCGGCGGCCUCGAGGGCUGGGACUUCCCGUCCCUCCCGAGCCUCGAGGUGUUGGACGCCUACGACAACAACUUCUCCUCCCCGCUCCCGGCCGGCGUCGCGGCGCUGCCACGUCUCCGGCACCUCGACCUUGGCGGCAAUUACUUCUCCGGGGCGAUACCCGCGUCGUACGGCGGGAUGGCGGCGCUGGAGUACCUGUCCCUCAACGGCAACAACCUGCAGGGCGCCAUCCCGCCAGAGCUCGGCAAGCUCACGAGCCUCAGGGAGCUGUACCUCGGGUACUACAACGCGUUCGACGGGGGCGUGCCGGCGGAGCUCGGCCGGCUGCGCAACCUCACCGUGCUGGACGUGUCCAACUGCGGCCUCAGCGGGAGCAUCCCAUCGGAGCUCGGCGAGCUGACCUCCCUCGUCACGCUGUUCCUCCACACCAACCAGCUAACCGGCGCCAUCCCGCCGGAGCUCGGCAGCCUCACGGCGCUCACCGCGCUGGACCUGUCCAACAACGCGCUGACCGGCGAGGUCCCGGCCUCCCUCGCGUCCCUCACCUCGCUCCGUCUGCUCAACCUGUUCCUGAACCGCCUCCACGGCCCGGUGCCCGACUUCAUCGCAGCGCUGCCGCGGCUGGAGACGGUGCAGCUCUUCAUGAACAACUUCACCGGCCGCGUGCCGGCGGGGCUCGGCGCCAACGCGGCGCUCCGCCUGAUCGACCUGUCCACGAACCGGCUCACCGGGAUGAUACCGGAGAUGCUGUGCGCGUCCGGCGAGCUGCGCACGGCCAUCCUGAUGAACAACUUCCUGUUCGGGCCGAUCCCGGCGUCGCUGGGGUCGUGCGCGAGCCUCACCCGCGUCCGGCUCGGGCAGAACUACCUCAACGGCAGCAUCCCCGGCGGCCUGCUGUACCUGCCGCGGCUGAACCUGCUGGAGCUCCAGAACAACCUGCUCACCGGCCCGGUCCCGCCGAACCCGACUCCGACUCCGGAGACCGGUUCGCAGCUGGCGCAGCUGAACCUGUCCAACAACCUGCUGUCCGGGCCGCUGCCCGGCGCGCUGGGCAACCUCUCGGCGCUGCAGACGCUGCUGGCGAGCAACAACCGGCUGGGCGGCGCCGUGCCGGCGGAGGUCGGGGAGCUGCGGCUGCUGGUGAAGCUGGACCUGAGCGGGAACGAGCUGUCCGGGCCGAUCCCGGACGCCGUCGGGCGGUGCGGGCAGCUGACGUACAUGGACCUGAGCCGGAACAGGCUGUCGGGGCCGAUCCCCGAGGCGAUCGCCGGGAUCAGGGUGCUGAACUACCUGAACCUGUCGCGGAACCGGCUGGAGGAGUCGAUCCCGGCGGCGGUCGGCGCGAUGAGCAGCCUCACGGCGGCCGACUUCUCGUUCAACGACCUGUCCGGGCAGCUGCCCGACACGGGCCAGCUCGGGUACCUUAACGCCACGGCGUUCGCGGGGAACCCGAGGCUGUGCGGGCCGCUGCUGAGCCGGCCGUGCGGAGAGGAAGGCGGUGUGGCGACGGGGCGGCGGCGGGAGACGUGGGGCGACUACAAGCUGGCGUUCGCGCUGGGGCUACUGGCGUGCUCGGUGGCGUUCGCGGUGGCGGCGGUGUGGCGCGCGCGGUCGUCGUACCGCGGCGGCGGGCCCGACGGCGCGUGGCGGUUCACGGCGUUCCACAAGGUGGAGUUCGGGAUCGCGGAGGUGAUCGAGUGCAUGAAGGACGGGAACGUGGUGGGCCGCGGCGGCGCCGGCGUGGUGUACGCUGGCCGGACGCGCGACGGCGGCGAGAUGAUCGCGGUGAAGCGGCUGAACGGCGGCGGUGCGGCAGGACGCGGGCACGACCACGGGUUCCGCGCGGAGAUCCGGACGCUGGGCAGCAUCCGUCACCGGAACAUCGUGCGUCUGCUGGCCUUCUGCAGCAGCCGGGACGACGGCGGCGCGAACGUGCUGGUGUACGAGUACAUGUCGAACGGCAGCCUGGGGUCGGUGCUCCACGGCAAGGGCGGCGGGUUCCUGGCGUGGGAGCGGCGGUACCGGAUCGCGCUGGAGGCGGCGCGCGGGCUCUGCUACCUGCACCACGACUGCACGCCCAUGAUCGUCCACCGCGACGUCAAGUCCAACAACAUCCUCCUCGGCGACAACCUCGAGGCCCACGUCGCCGACUUCGGACUCGCCAAGUUCCUCCGCUCCGGCUCCGGCUCCGGCGGCGCCGCCAACUUGGGCGCCUCCGAGUGCAUGUCCGCCGUCGCCGGAUCGUACGGCUACAUCGCCCCAGAGUACGCCUACACCCUGAGAGUGGACGAGAAGAGCGACGUGUACAGCUUCGGGGUCGUGCUCCUGGAGCUCGUCACGGGGCGGCGCCCCGUCGGAGACUUCGGCGAGGGCGUCGACAUCGUGCAGUGGGCGAAGCGGGUCACCGACGGCCGGCGCGAGAGCGUGCCCAAGGUCGUCGACCGACGGCUCGGCACCGUGCCCAUGGACGAGGUGGCGCACCUCUUCUUCGUCUCCAUGCUCUGCGUCCAGGAGAACAGCGUCGAGCGGCCCACCAUGAGGGAGGUCGUGCAGAUGCUCUCCGAGUACCAGCGACACGCGUCCGCCCACACCUCGCCCUCGUCGUCGUCAACCUCGUCCUCGUCGGCGCCCCAGCAGAAGGAGCCCAACUGCUACAAGCUCUUCCCGGACCUGCUCACCUAAGGCAAAUCUAAGCAGCAAAAAUGCCGUUGCUUCUACUACAGACUCAGCGUCGAUCAGGGGCUGAACUGAACCACAGUACUACUACUACUACUACUAAUUGGAGCAUUCUUCUACAGUUCGUUUGAUAGUGAUGGAGAGGAGCAAAUAACAUGUAACUCUGUGUUUUCUCUUCUCGUCUCCCUUUCUACAUUUUUUUACCUGUCAUCAAAGGUGUAUAGGGUUUGAUGAUCAUAUGCUACCGUCUAGGGGUUUGUGAUGUCCAAUGUAAUAGUCCUUUUUUUCCCAUCAUAGCUUUGGCCCUUUGUAAUCUCCUGGUAAUCUUCAGCCACCACCCCUUGUCCGUCUCCUUUUAAACCACUUCUUGUUUAUGCCCAACUCUGUACUACCAGGAGCUUUUUGUAUUA